AUGGUCACGACAAGCACCACCCUUGUUGUACCAGUCAUCGAGUCUACGAGCUAUCCAGUACCUCUCACUGGUACGGCGACUGUGGAUGUCCCCCUCACAGGUUCAACUACGGAAUACUUCCCGGUUACUCAAACGACGACAGUGUACCAACCUGGUACAGGCACUGCCUUGGUUCCUAUUACAUUCACUCGCACAAGCUUCACAUUGUCCAUCUACACUAGCACGACGAGUUUUGCCGAUCCCUUCACCACAGAUUACCAGCCCGUGGUGAUCCUCACUACAAUCGCCAGGCCAUACACUACGACCACUGGCUCUCCUCAACUUUUUACCACGAGCAUUCCUUCCCCAAGCCUCAUUACGCUCACCGGAAGCGAUAUCGACUUUCUCACAACCACAUCCGUGGCGACCUAUCCAGUCCCAACGACAUCCAUCGCCGUUGACACAUUCUCUACCAAUUCAGAAGACAUUGAAGUCGUGACCACGACGAUCGUCGACUACCAAACGCUCACGUCCCCGACGACUGGGUUCAUCCCAGUGACAACGAGCUCAGUGGACAUUGGCGCGUAUACGACCGACUCUCCUUACCCGUCUGCAGCACCUGGCUCUACAACCGUCGUUGGUGCUUAUACGACGACAGUGGUCAACUACACGCCCUACACGACCACGGCAUAUGAUGCUCAGCCUACCACCGUUAUCACGAGCUAUGCGACGCCUGUUACGCGUACGACUACGUUUGUUACCCGCGUGGCGUAG